AUGGAAAUCAUUGGUCAGGGAUUCAAUUUACCACUUGAAGAUAUGGCUAUUACAAACGAUGAUAUUGAAAUUUAUGCAAGAUGGUUAUUGGAGCAAAAUGUUCGACCACAAGCUAUUGUUCAAGAUGGUUUAGAACAAGAAUUUUAUCAAAUUAUUUUUCACCAUUUCUCAUUUUUAUUCCAACCACGUAUUGCUCGAGCACAGGCAGCAUCACCUGUUCACGAUAAUACACCUACAAAUCUUAAUAAUUCUACAUCAAAAAGCACUUCUUCAUCUUUUCAUAUUAAUAUGAUUCCUGUUGGAGCUCAUAACGGCAUUAUACCAUUAGCAUUUAAUACUUCAUCUAAUAAUUCCACACAAACUAAUCCAUCUAAUCCUCAAACAAGCGCUAUAAAAGAAACACUUUCACAACUUGUACAAAGACAUAUUGAGCUUUGUAAAAAGACUUUAAAAGUGAUAGUGAUGGCUGGUAGGACGUUAAGAUUUUCAGAAGAGACAUGGUUAGUCUUAUUGAAAGUCAUGUUGGGUAUUACGGACUAUCUAUUAAAGGAACCCGUUGGUGAGACUUCUAGUUUAGGUGUUAUGAAUAUGGCAGAUGAAUUAUGUGAUAAUUUACUGCAGGUUUUAUUUGAAUUAUGGUUAAGAUCAGCUACAAUGAAUGUUGAAAUGUGGGAUAUAUUAAAGAAUUGCUUUGCUAGAUGGACACAUCGCUCAAAGGCUAUUCAACAAUGGAGCUCAACUUCCCUUGCACUAACUAGAAGAAUACAAAAUCUUAUUUAUGGAGAAAAGGAAGGAACAGAUGGAGUUUAUAUUAAUGGUCUAAAUAUUAAGCUUGAUCUUCCCAACGAGUUUGUUUAUUAUGCAUGGCAUCGUGUUAUUUAUUUCAUUCCACAUCCAUUGAAGUUGCCUUCUACCAAUUUUACUCUUUCUAUACUUGGUAUAGGUAAUCUAGUAGAUGCAUUAAAUUCAAGUAACAGUAGUAAUGCAGAUGGCAAAAGAGAUAAUCCUAAUACUCCUGAUGGGAAUACGAUAUUACACAUGUUUGGCACUUAUUUAUUUGAUGCUGCCUCUAAAGCCUUAAAUGCAAACCAAGAACAACAAUGUGGUUGUGCUGAGGCAUUUGCUACAUUAUGUAAAAUAUUCUGUAAACCACAAAGGCGUGAACCCUUCUUACGCACCUAUAUUGAACGAUUUUAUGCUGCUUUAAUCAUCGGACUCAAAUCAGAUGCCUGUUUACCCACUAUUUUAUUAUCAUGCACAGACUUAUUUACUACAGAUCUAGAAGGUAUUCGUAUGCUAGUACCUAAUUUUAUUUCAGCUAUUAGAAUGGUAUUACCUAAAUUAAGGUUCGUUUGUAAGACCAAUGUAUCGAUUGAUAACUUAAGAUUAGCAGCUAUUAAAGUAUUGAGUACCAUUAUGUGUAUGCCUAAUCAUUUCGAUAAAGUAGAAUUCAAGUCAGGUUGGGAUUGUGAGAUAAACAAUCAAAAUGAAAGCUCAUCUUUAAUCGGAGAGCAAGAACAAUUGAUUACUGAAUUGAUUCGUGUCCUUUAUGAUACAUCAAAUCCUGAAGAUUCAAAAAAUUUAUUCUUGUCGUUAAAAUACUAUAUACUUGAAGUUCUUCUUAUGUCGCUUAAAACGGAAACAUCUUCAUACAAUAUGAGAUACAUCCUUCAUCUAAUAAACGUAUAUGUCAUUGAAGAUGUGCCAUUCUGUCCAGGCCUUGUUGGUACUGUGGUAAAAUUAAUUCAAGAUAAGAUUUUAACAAUGCAGUUGCCAGCUGAUGUAACACUUGUAGCUUUUGAUGUACUUAUGGAUUUUGUAAAUUUAUAUGAUUUUGUAAAAAGAGACAGCAAGAAUGUAGCAAGGGAACUCGUAUUAGCUCUUAGUAGAUAUGUUGACAAACUAAUUACUACAGGAAACUUAUCUCAAACGUAUCCAUUAAUUGUUCAAGCAUAUGAUUGUAUGAUAAAAUGGAUUCUGGUCAGUCAAUGGAUUAUAGAUGAUUAUGAUUGUUAUAAAGCAGUUAUUGAUACAUUAAGUAAAGGCAUUACGAUUUUUGAACGAGAACCUGUUGCUAGUCCCACAACAAGUAAUAAUCAUAUUGAUCCGGUAAAUGCUGAAAAGAAAAAGAAAAGAGAUGCUGCCUUCCCACAAACAAAGCAGCUUUUUCAAUUACCUCCUCGAGUUAAUAAAGGAAACCAUCAUAGUAAUCAUCAUUACGAUAAUAAUAAUAAUAAUCUAAACCAGGCAAUGAAUACACAUAACAGUCCAUCAGUACGUAAAAAGGAAGAAGCUGCUGUGAGAAUGGCUGCUGAGUAUUGUAUGUCACAAUUUGUCAAUCAACUUGGCCGAUUUAUGAUACCCUAUGAACAUUCAUUAGGAGGAUUUAGACCAGCGAUAGUAGACGACCUACAGCAAUUAAAAGAAUUGAAAUCUCAGGAUAAAGAUUUAUCUGAAAUGUCAUCCAUUCGAUGUUUUUUAAUCGAUAAGCGCUCAUUACUCACCAUUAUUGAUAUUACAAAUCAAAUGCAUAAAGAUGGGGAGCCAAACAAUGCUCCACACAUUGUGGCUAUUAUACGAGAUACAACUGGUAAAUAUAUUUGGUCCAUGGAAAUACAUUACAAGGAAAACAAGAUACCAGCAGGUUCACCAGAAUUAAAGCUUUCUUCAUCAAGUAUGGAUAGUGAAAAGAAAUCAGAAUGUAAAGGCCCUAAAGAAACUCCAGCACAAAAAAUAAUUAUUCCUACUGUUACCGCUGUUAAUGAAGAUGGCAUACCGGAUAUGGAUAAAAUAUUUGUUGAAAAUUCGGACGAAUGGAAACAGUGGGAGACGAUAAAGAGCUUAAUGAGUCGACAAGAAGAAUCGAAAAAGUUGAUUAUAAAUCAAUAUAAAAAUGAAGAAACAUCAAAACCAAGGGGAUCUAGACUCUUACUCUCACAUAUUGGUUAUUUGUUGCCUGAGAACAGAAAACAUAUUACUUCAUUAUGUUUGAACGACACAACUAUUCAUGAAAUAGAAAAGUUAGAUGAACUAAAUGAGCGUGAUUGUAUUUCGAUAUCUGCAUAUUAUGCUAAAUCCGGCAACAUUACAUUAUUAGAGUUAAUUGAGAAACCUCCACCAUUAAGUCAAGAAUUUAUUCAGUUUAUCCAUUGUCUUGGCUGGCCAAUUAAAACAUCUUAUCAUAAGGGAUAUAAAGGAAGGCUUGAUGCGUCUAUUUCUGAUACUAUUCCCUACUUUUCUGAUCGAACUACUGAAUUUUUAGUUCAUGUUCCAUACUUUAUCCGAAUGCCCCCUGAUAAUGAUACCAAAUGGGGUAAAGUAGAUUCUUUUUCAAGCCUUUAUCAAGAUGUCUCCUCUGACGAUCAUGUAUGCGUUAUUUGGAUUGAAGAUCUGUCAAAUUAUAAAUCCUUAGCUAAUCUGAUAAAAACCUCUAACCCAUCUAAUUCGAAAGCAAUGGUUUAUAUCUUCAUUAAUCCUUUAAAGAAUGGUGCUAAUGGACUGUAUUUAAUUAAAAUCUUAAUUCCGUCAGUAGGAAAUACACCUUCUAGUAUCUUGGCUAGCCAACGAUUAAAUGAAAAUGCUUUGAUUUUUGGUCCAUUAGUAGACGGUAUAGUUGUUAGUCGUCAUGCCUUAGGCGCAAUGGUAAGAAGUACUGCAAUUUCUGCACACCAAGCCUGCAGAGUUGUCACAGACACGUAUACAAGGCCUUAUGCUAUAAGAAAAGCAUAUAUAGAAGAUUUGGCUCAUAGACAUCGUACUAAAUUGCCUUUAUCACAGUAA